UUUUUUAAUUUUGUUACUUUAUAUCAGAGCUGAAAGGACAUCAACAACCCUACUGCCAGUCCCGCCUGGUAACGUGCACAGCAGUCAGGGUAAGCUGGCAUUCUCAACCUUGGUUCCAAAAGAACUGCUGGUGCUCUGAACGAGACUGUUUUUCAUCUGAGCUCCUGCACUCUCACGGCAUCUGACUGCACUAUUGGAUUCUGAGCCACUUCACAAGCCACACCAACAUCAAAGUAUCUUCAUUUUUUACCUCCACCCUUAGCUCUGCAAACUUGAAAACAUGCAGAGCGACAUGAAGGUGUAUUCUGAAGUAGGAAAAUUUGUGGUAUGGGACUAUGUGGUGUUCGCUGCAAUGCUGGUAAUUUCUGCAGUCAUUGGCAUAUACUACGCAAUAGCUGAUGGAGGACAGAACACCUCAAAAGACUUUUUGAUGGGCGGUAGAAGGAUGACAGCCAUCCCAGUGGCCUUGUCACUCACUGCCAGUUUUAUGUCGGCAGUCACUGUCCUGGGGACUCCUGCUGAAAUUUAUAGAAAUGGUGCCAUGUUUAGCAUCUUCGGUUUCACUUAUGCUUUUGUGGUGAUCAUCAGUUCAGAGAUUUUUGUUCCAGUGUUUUACAGACUUGGCAUUACCAGCACCUAUGAGUAUUUAGAAUUGCGUUUCAAUAAAGCAGUACGACUUUGUGGGACCAUCUUGUUUAUCAUUCAGACGAUUUUAUACACUGGGAUUGUUAUCUACGCUCCAGCUCUUGCUUUAAAUCAAGUCACUGGCUUUGACCUCUGGGGGGCUGUAGUCGCAACUGGGGUCGUCUGCACUUUCUACUGCACUAUGGGAGGCUUGAAAGCUGUAGUGUGGACCGACGUCUUCCAAGUAGGGGUCAUGGUGGCAGGAUUUUCUUCUGUCAUUAUCCGAGCAGCUGUGGUUCAAGGAGGAGUGUCCACCAUUGUAAACGACUCUUAUCAUGGAGGACGGCUGAACUUUUGGGAUUUUGACGUCAAUCCACUGAGAAGACAUACAUUUUGGACAAUAAUCUUUGGGGGUGUCUUUACCUGGACUGGGAUAUAUGGCGUCAACCAAGCACAGGUGCAGAGAUAUAUUUCAUGCAAAACCCUGCUUCAUGCGAAAAUGUCCCUCUAUGUGAACCUUAUUGGACUCUGGGCAAUCCUGGCCUGUGCAGUUUUCUCAGGACUGAGUUUGUACUCCAUCUACAAGGACUGUGAUCCCUGGACAGCACAUAUUGUGUCAGCCCCAGACCAGCUCAUGCCAUACCUCGUGCUGGACAUCCUCAGAGACUUCCCUGGUGUUCCUGGGCUCUUUGUGUCUUGUGCCUACAGUGGGACUCUAAGCACCGUCUCGUCUAGCAUUAAUGCUCUUGCGGCUGUAACAGUGGAGGAUUUGGUGAAACCUUAUAUCAGCCUAUCAGAGAAGAAAUUGUCCUGGGCUUCAAAGGGCACAAGUAUUCUGUAUGGAGCUUUGUGUAUUGGGAUGGCUGCUUUAGCAUCUCUGAUGGGAGGACUUUUACAGGCCGCUCUGAGCAUUUUUGGAAUGAUCGGCGGACCACUUUUGGGACUGUUUGUUUUGGGGAUUCUCUUUCCAUGUGCCAACUCUACUGGUGGAUUGGUUGGACUUGCCGCAGGAUUUGCAGUUUCCCUCUGGGUGGGCAUUGGUUCUCAGAUCUACCCACCUUCAGCCGCGCGAACACUACCUCUGCCUUUAAGCACAGCCGGCUGCAACUUCAGUGUCAGUGCAACAGAAUCAAACUGGACAAUGACAACCACUGAAGCGUCGUCUCUGUUCACCACUGGUGCAGUGCAAACUGAAGACAGCACCAGCGACUCCCUGAUACAGAACUGGUACUCUCUCUCUUACCUGUACUUCAGCACUAUUGGUACUCUGGUUGUGGUUGUCGUUGGUGUCAUUGUCAGCCUAUUAUCAGGUGGAAGAAAGCAAAGCCUGGAGCCUGGCGUAACUCUGAUGAAAGAAGAUCUAUCAUGCUAUAACCUAUUCGUACAUCUGAAAGCUAAGAAUGAUAAAGAGAUAGAAGUGCUGAAUUGGAAGUCCACCCCUGAUAUGGCUUCUGGAACCAUUAACCCUGCCUUCAGCGAUAUCGAGCUGGACAUGAAGGAAAAUAAAGACAAAGCAAAUGGAAUUCCUGUUGAUGACAGAUGAAUGCUGCUGUCUCAUAUUCAUUUUUCU